UUACCGCGGUUCUACCGCUACAGUGAUAGUAACAUGUCUCUGACUGAUGAAGAAUGCUGCCAGAUCGCUGCCGUGUUGGAGAGAGACGCGGAGUUGCGCAUGCGUGAACAACGACGUAUUUGUCUGCUGAGGGCGGUUCUGGUGCCGCCCCCGCGCUCUAGCGGCCCCGCCGCCCCUGACAGUUGCGCCCGUUGUGGCCGCCGCCUCUGGGCGCUCCCGGGCCCCUGCCGCCGCCUCCGCUGCGCCCACUGCCACCUGCCCGUCUGCCGCCACUGUUGUGCCCGAGCCUCGAACACCCGAUGGCUCUGCAACUCCUGCCGCAAGCUUAGGGACGUACAUUUACAAUCAGGAGAGUGGUUUUACCAGCAGCUACGGCAGCGCUUCCGGUCCACAGUGGCGGCGCUCGACAACACAGACAAGAAUGAUGGAGAGGUACAAGAGUUCAUGGAGAAGCUCGUGGAGACUAUAAUAGGAGGAGGCUUAGACGACGUUACCCUGUGCCCCCUGUCCGACCGACCUGAGUACACUAACUUCUGCGCGCUGUACAAAGAUCCUCUGGUUCAUAUCCUCCGACGUCUCUACGCCAAUCUCAGGAUGGCAUUAUCUGAUUCAGCAUCGCAGGAUGGGGAGGCUUCCGAUCUUCACUCUGAGCUGAAAGAUCUACUGAAGCAAAUCAUUCAUGAUGCUAUGAGCCAGCCUCAGUUUAAGGAAGGAAAUGGCACUGCCAGUUGGAUGUGCCAGGAGGGAGAAGCGCCUGCCUCACUCGAUCAGAAGAGCUAUGAAGACAUCCUUGCCACUGCUAUUCUCAAUAAGAUAUUUGCAAAAUAUCAGCAAAAUAGGUUUAGAAGAAAACGAAAAAGCAGAAGCAACGAAAAAUCCUUUGACAAGAAUAGCAACUUACUUUCUUCAGAAAAAUCACCAGAAGCGAUGCAGGAUGAACUGCCAAGAAGUGAGUCAGACAGCGACAGUGUUGCCAACUCUCUGGACGACGGCAGCUGGAGCGAGUCCAGUCACAUCGAACCAUUAUCCGUUACGAAAAAGGAACGAAAAAACAAAAAGAUAGAGGAAUGUAUAGAGGAAGUAACCACAAGGUACAGCUCAGACGAUGAGGCAGAGCCUAAGUCUGACAUGGACAGGUUCCUCUCCAACCUCAAGUAUAUCAGACGACAGAGAGCUCCCUUUCCUGAACUUGGGAAAGACAUUGUUGAUGGAGACAUCUCAUCAUCUGAUGGUGAUGGUGGGGAUGACGCAGGUGGAGAAGUAGAUAAGGAUGACCUGAGUGCGGGGGUAGAACUACUCAAUCCUGUGGACUCAUGGGAGGAGAACUGGCUGUUCCAGCGGCGUCGCCUCAAGACCGGCAUGGGAACAUGUCAGCCAGUACCAGUGCCAAUGUUGGUACCAAAUCCCACUGAGGACUGCCGUGCCAUGAUCGGUGACGUGGACGCAGACGAGAUGUCUGACCUAUCUGACUGCAGUGACAGCGUGUUGGAGGAUCUUCUUGAUGGGCCUGAUGAUAGAAAGUACUUUGAGAGCCAACAAGAGGAGUCGGAUGAGGAGAAGCCCAUUGAGGUUAUUGACAAACAGCGGGAGAUCUUCCUACAGUACAUCACAGAGGACCUGAACAAACUGAUAGAACCGAGGUCAGAGGACCGAGGGCUCUCCCCUGACACAGGACAGAGUGAGACAGUCAGCAGUGACAUUGCUCAGGAGGCUCAGGUAACAACAGUAGCUGAAGAACUAACAGUGAAGGACCAGUCGACUGGAUCUCCUGAAGAAACAGACAGUUCUCAUAGUUACAGUGUUGCUGAGACUCGCAAUCUCAAUGUACCUAUUGUACAAAUUGACUCAGGAGAGGGUUCACUAGACAUGCAACAGGACAGUGAAUACACAGUAGCAUAUGCAACAGUUGCGCAAGUCCGACCCAGCUCACAAGAACCCUCACCUGCACCGUCCUCCGCCCCCUCACCCAUACCAAAACCAAGGACUGUACGACCACCCCUUGAGCCUCAUGAAGAGCCAACAGAUGAAAAAUCUGACGAGGAGAGAAACUCGCUUGCUGAACUUUCUCUUCCUCCAAAGCCAGGUACUAUAGCAGAGCGAGAACAUCUGAAGUGGGAGAAGGCACCACCACUAGCUAAUAAUCCAUACUCCAAAGAGAAUAUCGCUCGGAGACAGAGACAACGCAUGUACCUUAGUCGACACAGUAGUAGUGAGAAUUCCAUAGAGUUCCCAGAGCUGACUCCUACCAAAGAACCUUCAUUGAUGGAGAUUGACAGCAAACACCGUAGGGACGACUUUAACAAAUAUGUUCGAGACUACUAUGUGAACGUUGCUGAGGACAAAGCAGUGGAGGGUCAAAAACAGCCAACUCAGGUGCGGCCAUCGUCUGCUGAGCCCAGGCUAUCACCAUCGCAGACUGCAAAGAGCUGUCCAUCUCAACAACAGGUGUCAGUAAGAGUGGAGGUGGAAGUGGCUUUGUCGAAGCCCAGUUCAAGUCCAGGGGUGCCAACCCCCACACAGACAACAGCUCACCACCACCAGGUGACCACAGUUGUUGCACCUGAUGAUGACUACAUCUCCCUCCCCUCUGUCAAGGAGCUAGCCAAACAAUUCUCCAGCCCUGACGAGAAGAUUCCUUCUCCUGCACCUACUAUCCCCAGCAGGAAACAGGCGGAUUUAAGGCUACAUUCACCAGUGAGGCAGGUACAUAGUCUGACAGCCAGGAACAUGUCACGAGAAUUCAGGGAAACUCUGAGAUCAGUGUCUGUCCCUGUGGUGAAAGUGGCCAGUGACAGCUCGGGUCACGUAUCCGAGGACAGUGGCACCGUCUCCCCCACCCCUUGCCCUCCCCCCCGCAAGCUGAAGCUGCAAGAUGACAUCCAGUUCUGGGAGCAGCUGCGGCAGCAGAGGUAGCCGUAUCUCGCUACACCCCCAACUCGUACCUGUCACUCCGUGUUAGCUGUGUCUGGAACUUUGUAGUUACCACUGAGACUAUUGUGUUACAAAUCAUGGAAACCAGUUAUUAUACUCGUAGAUUAUUUUCAAAAAAACGUUUUAUUGUUACUUCUUAUUAUUGAUUAUUCAUAAGAUACUUAGUUUUGACCAUUUUUGAAUCCACUUUCUAAAUCUAAAACUUGCUAUGAUUUGGUAAUGUCUUACUAAAAUUCAGUUUUUUUCAACAAUCAUGCUCUUGAGCUUUUUAUUCUAAAGCCAAAUAAAAAUAAAUUUAGCAUUAGUGAGAUACUAUUUUCAAAUACAAAAUUAGUUCCCAUAUCUUGUUUUGUGUCAACUAACAAAAUAUUCUUUUUCUUACAUUUUUUUUUGUUUGGCACUCUAUACUUAAACAAUAUAGGUACUUAUAUAACAUAUACAAUUUUACAUUCCAAUGUUUCCUUAAAAUUGAUAUAUUCAGACAUGGCUAUUGAAAAAUAUGAGUAGUUUUAAACUUUGCUUUGUUUGUAUAUAGCUUUUGAAUAGGUUAAGUUUGUUAUAGCCAAAUAUAUUCUAUUAAUUGUAUUUAAAUCAAAAUAUAUUCAGAUUAAACAACUUGAUUUAAAUUUACCUGUUUAGUUCAAUAUUGCAAAAAUACUCUCCACAAAUUUGUAUUGUAUAUGAAAAAAUAACUUGGUUAACAUUUUGACUACAGUGGAAUUUGCUUGACCACCAACCUGAUUAUCUGUUAGUCUUGUUUGGUAUACUGUACAUGUGAAAAUGUUAAAUGAAUUAUUUCUCACAGAAUCUGUCAUAAAUUAUUUAAGUCAGUUGGCUAAUUUGAACCAUAAUAACUAAGAGAAAAAAUCCAGAAUUUGGCUCAUUCCAACGAACCUGACAUUGGAAUUUACAUGCAACUGUUGUUGGCUGAAAAGUUAGCUGUGAUUAUUCUUGAUCAAAAAUUAGUCAAUGCAAAUAAGUAAAAGUGCCACUGUGUAUUUUGUUAAAAAAAAUAUGAGUUUAUAAAGUUAGUUAUAAUUUUUAUGUUGUAUUUGUAUUGAUUGCUUAUUAUAAAUUAAUUUUGUUGUACAGUAUACUAGUAUCCAAUAUUUCCUCUGAUUUUAAACUAUAAUAAUUAAUACUGUAGCAAUAAAUGUGUUUUUUUUUAUUAAUUUUUACCAUUAUAUUGCUUUUGUUUCAAAUUGUCACGCUAAUUGCUGUACGAUUUCUUAAUCCUGGAUAUAUAAUAAAUGUAGCUAUAUCACAUAUGUAAAUCCUCCAUAGUAGAGAUUGACAAUAGAAAGUAUUUAUUUUUCAAUUCCUGAUAUCACCUUUUUGCUGUUUUCUUUUUCAAAGGGGAAAAUGUGUAAUAUAGACUGCUCUUGCUAUUUUUUGCCUAUACCAAGGAAUUUUGUGUACUAUUCCUCUAAUAACUGCCUAGUUAACUAUCUUGUGCCAAAGAUGUACAGUUAAAAUAUAAAAUUAGGAAAUUUAUUUUAAUCUAACUAUGUGCUACUGUUUAUGUAAUUCACAAUAAAUAAUUUCAUAUAAAA